AGAGCACAACACAGUGACGUCUCCGUGUUGUCUCCUAGCAGAGGAGGAAACAGGGAAGGCCGAAGAAUUGUAUAAAAUGUGUAGCUAAAAAAAAAUAUUGUCAUUCUAAGCGAAAUAUUUAUCCGUAUUAUCGUCUAAAGCGAGAUUUGUUUGGGUUGAAUCGUGUCGCGUUACUGAACGGAAAUGACGUGAUGCUAUAGUUGAUGAAAACUUUCAGUUUUUAUCGUUCUAGCUAGUUUGUGCUAGCGUCUUAGCGGCUGUUUGUUUUGCUAGCAUGGUUUAGUUUGUUUUGUUUGUUUUUGUUUGUUUGUUUGUUUAUCCACGAUGAAUGAGAAAUCGUAAACAAUUCGUUAUACGUGUUAUUUUGAGAUAGUGUUUGUCUAAUUAAGUGUGGAGAAGAGAAGAGUGUAGAGACAGACGAGCUGCUCUGUGUUUGCUAGCUCUCUGACUAGCAUUAGUAAACAUGGGAAACUGUCUGAAAUCCCCGACAUCGGACAACAUUUCGUUACUGCACGAGUCUCAUUCGGACCGAACCAGCACCGGGGACGGACCCGAGCACGAGUUCGAGCCUCCUCCACCCUAUGAGGAGCAGGUACGUAUGCCUGUGUACCAUCCCACACCCAGCCAGACGUGUUUGGCCACCCAGCUGACAGAAGAGGAGCAGAUCCGCAUCGCUCAGCGCAUCGGCCUCAUUCAGCACCUGCCCAGAGGAGUGUUCGAUGGAGGGAAAGACGGAUCUGAGAAGAAGAUCCGAGAGUGUGUGAUUUGUAUGAUGGACUUUGUAUACGGAGACCCCAUCAGGUUCCUGCCCUGCAUGCACAUCUACCACAUGGACUGCAUAGACGACUGGCUCAUGCGCUCCUUCACCUGUCCUUCCUGCAUGGAACCAGUCGACGCCGCGCUCCUCUCCACGUACGAGACCAACUGACGCCGCGUUCUCUCUGGAGAGACACCUUCGCUCUCCCACAGAUCUCAGCAACAGCAUCCAGCUAAUAGCGGACGAAGGCCUUCAUCGUGUCCCUUGCCGCUGUUAUCGGUUUGGGAUAGAGGCCAGUUUUUUUAAAAUACCCAGCGUUCCCACACACACACACACACACACAAAUACACUUCUUUUUCAUGCAUCAGUUAGUCAUCAUUUUCGGGGCGUAUCUGCAGAACGAGAAGAGAUUCCUGAGGACUGAAGUCUAUAUCCUCAAGCACUUAUAUGCAGGCCUAGAGCUACAGUGAUCGAACACUGUAAUUUUUGUGUUUACUGACCCAAAACGGUCUGCCUGAGAAAUCCGGCAUGGUUCUUCUUCGCUUUGAUUAAACGUGCGUCUAACGCUAAGAAACAGGGGUGUACAACGAUCUCCCAGGACGUGCAGAUUCGUACCACAACAUGUCUUUGCCUCCGAUUUAUUGCGCCUGACUUAUUGGCAGCGAAGUUAUACUAACUCAAAUAACCAGUCUUUACACCCAUGGUGCGCAUCACUAAACCCACAACAUGUCGAUCCUUUCCACUUCUGUCAGCCAAGAACAGGAAGCUGGUGCAAACCGUGUGUAUCUGUGUGUAUAGUCAUGUUAUGAUUUAGCUAAGCAGAUGUUUGUUUAGCAGUUUUUUUUUUUAAAUGUCACUUUGACAUAAUAAAUACAUUUCUAUAAUGAUGUAUAAAGCGAUGACAAUGUGGCUGUUCCACAACGUUAAACCCUACUAUAAACAGAUCGAACGUAUGACGUCAUCCUUUCGGCAAAUUGCUGUAGUAGGACGUGUAGAUAUCGAGAGUACCGUCAUUAGCAGUACCGUUGCUUCCUUUUUGCUGCAUCACAUGACUCUGAGGUUGUAAUUACUUCCGGCUACAAGCGUCAAGGGUUUUAUUCCCUACUCGAAACAUCUGAACGUUUUGACUCUUUAUAUUCUUUGAGUGUUUAGAGUGACUAAAGAUGGUUGUACACCCCUGAACUGCAGUUACAAUACACGACGCGUCCGCCGUUGCCGCGGGUUUCCGCAGACCUGCCGCAGGUCUCUUCCCAAUCAUUUUAUUGCCAAAGGCGCAGAAACUAAAACAAGGAACUCGUGUAAAAAAAAAAAAAAAAGGGCUCAGUCAUGCAUGGUGGAGGGGGGAGUUUGGGGGGAGUUUUGGUCGAACCAAAUGACUACCUGUCUCAAUCUACAUUUAGAAAUGCUUGCACACACACACACACACACACACACACACACAAACUAUUAUAUACUAAACCUAGAGAUUUGCACUUUACACAUAAUUCUAAGAAUAAUGUAUUUAUGUAGAAUCUUGCACCAGUUUAUUUUUUUUUUAUUAUUAUUAUUUUUUGUUCUUCUUCUUCUUUCAGUAGUGCUGAUGAUUUGUAUUCCUCAAAGCAGGUGAUCUACAGUGAGGUCCAAAAGUCUAAUGAAAAUUCUUCUUCAUCUUCAGAAUACCGACAUGGAUUUCAGACUUCAUUAACAUCUGGUUGGUGAACAUUAACAACACUCGAGCCGCGCGGACCGCACAAGUCUGUACAAAAAAGACGUACGAUCCGUCUUAGCGUCACGGGAUCGACGGAUAGAUUAUUUAUUUAUUUUUUUUCGUACAAAGCAGUAACACGAUCAUUAACAUACAUUUGUUUACAUUCGAGACAAGACCUAGAAAUAGUGCAGAACCUUGAAUAAUAAUUCAAUUGUAUUUGUAUUCAAUACAGACUUUUGGACCCCGUUGCUUCAUCGUUUAUCCAUUUGUAUUAUUCAGAGUACAUUAUUUCACAAAUCUAACAAUAUCCAGACUUCGUUGUUGACUUGACAAACUGAUGCUGUUCACCGUGGUGGAUCGCACCACGGUCAAUAAAAACGCAGACUAUUAAACGGAAA